CCGCGCAGCAAGGAGUUCUCGCUAGACGAGCAGGAGUUGGUAAUAUGCAAGGGUAAUGGUCUGCGCUGGCUGGCGGCAGGUCUAAUGAGUGAUGCGAUUUCGGUUCUUGGGGAUGCUUAGGAUGCUUAGUACAUGUCUAAUGAAGGGGAUGGACGAGCGGGAGGAUUUUAUUGUGUGUUUUUGCUUGAUACAAUCGCGUCUGUCCGGUCCAUUCUGUUGUUGCUGCUGUUGCUGCUGCUGCUUUUCUACUUGUGAUGAUUUUGUGAUUCUGUUAUGUUUGUUUGUUCAGAACUCGGACCGGGCAGAAGUGCGCAUCUCCUUGUUUAGAGUGAUUUAUUCUUUUCUGAUUUUAUCUUUGCUUUCCGCUUGAUUGUGAUUGUGAUUGUGAUUGAUUGUGAUGAUGAAUAGUUAGGUAGUCUAAGGGUGGGUUCAAUUUGAACGACAUGUCUUUUUUCA